UUUGGGGAAGUCCGCGGCGGGGGGGGCUGGACCUUUGGCCGGGUUCAGUGGUCGAUUGGAGUCGGGGCAGGUCAGCGCUCUGCACUCAGCACAGACAUGGAGAAUCUGUAAGACAGACUGUGAACAACAUUUCCGAAUCAUAUCUUCUGUCAGUUUUCUCGUUUCCAUCGAAACACAUUCACAUACCAUUGCAAUGUCAUUGCCAGUGCUCCCAGAGUCAUGCAGCCAUGUCCUCACAGAGUUGGACUCCCUGGAUCCCCUUUUAUCCGCUCUGCGGUUAGAUUCAAGCAGAUUGAAGUGUACGUGCUUGUCAGUGUCUCGGAAGUGGCUAGCUGUGGGAAGCUCAGCUGGUGGCCUGCAUCUAAUUCAAAAGGAUGGCUGGAAGCAAAGACUAAUGUUAACCCACAAGGAAGGAGCUCUUACUCAUGUUGCUUGCUGUCAGCACGAUGAAGACUAUGUUGCUGUGGCAACCAGCCAGGGACAUGUGAUUGUGUGGGAGCUGCAUCAUGAGCGGCGCGGGAAACCUGAGCGUAUUUAUGUGUCGUCAGAACACAAAGGCCGACAAGUCACAGCCCUCUGCUGGGAUACUACUGCUCUCCGUGUCUUUGUGGGAGACAAUCUAGGAAAGGUUUCUGGCCUGAAAGUCAACUCCUCCAAACAAGGAAAGGCUGCUGCAUUUGUGAUGUUUCCAGUUCAAGUGAUCACAAUAGUGGACUCAAGAGUGGUGCAACUUGACUAUCAGGAGGGUAGAUUGUUGGUCUCAUCUCUCACUCGUUGCUAUCUGUGUGACACUGACAAAGAGAAGUUCUGGAAAAUUGGGAACAAGGAGCGAGAUGGAGAAUUUGGAGCCUGUUUCUUACCAGGAUCAAAGAACGCUGGAUUCUCACAGCCACUGAUAUUCUGUGCACGGCCUGGUUCACGAAUGUGGGAGGUGAACUUUGAGGGAGAGGUGCUGAGCACACAUCAGUUCAAACAGUUAUUGGGAUCACCUUCACUUCCCAUUAUUUCUCACAGAUCAGAGUUACACUACAACAUGACUUCCAGUUCGCCACAAUCCAUCUCUUUUCCCAGGCUUGUGUGUUUGAGUGAGAAUUAUGUUUUGAGCUGGACAGACCGAGGGAUCUAUGUGUUUGUUCCACAGAGUGUUCAAGUCUUGCUCUGGAGUGAGCUGAAAGAUGUGCAGAAUAUUGCUGUUUACAAGAAUGAACUCUUCUGUCUCCAUGGUGAUGGGCGGGUAACUCACCUGUGUUUGUUGUCAGGAGAGCGAUGUGUAGAACGUCUGCUUCGGCGAGACAUGUGGACUCUCUCUGCACAAGUCUGUUGUCUCUUCCAACACUGCGUUACUGCAAGCAGGGCCCGUAAGCUGCUGCCUGUGGACAAACUGGAACACCUGAAGACACAACUGGAUACUGCCACACAAAGCCACUUUAUUGCCCGGUUGGAGGAGAUUUUGUUGAAGUUGGAACCCUUUGACUCAGCCUGCAGCAGCCGCCGGAGCAGCUUUUCUUCUCAUGAGAGUUUUAAUGUCCUAGAUUCAGGUAUUUAUCGUGUGAUUAGUCGUCGAGGCAGCCAAUCAGAUGAGGACUCUGGUUCAUUGCACAGCCAUCUAUCUGAGGAGGAGAGGCUGAGGGAAUUUACUUCAGUACAGGAGGAAGAGCAAGACAAUGUCUCCCAUUCAUCCUUGAAUAUUGAAGGUGAUCGGAGUGAGACACUGAUUCCAUUUCAUCUUCCAUUAUCACUCCGUUCCACAUCUUCACGAGUCUCUUUACAGGCAAUGAAGGAAAGUGUCUCCAGCUUUGUCAGGAAAACAAAAGAAACUAUCAGUACAUUUCAUCCCAACUCUGACUUUCGAUUCAAAUCAGACAUUAAAGAUAGUGAGCCACUCCAGGCACAAAUGGAGGACCUGGAGCGCAGCCUGAGCAUUGAUAACAAGCCUCAGGAGGAGGACCAACUGCAGGAGCUGAAACUGGCAACAGCAGAGGCUGUGAUUAAACUACAAAAUCCCCUGGUUUUGUUUGAAACUUCGCUUCUGAAGGAAACACUCCAAUGUUGGCUCCCUCAUUUGGAAAAAAUAUUUCGAUUUGAAGUAAAAAGUCAAACUCUAAAUGACUCCUCAGAGGUGGAGUCAACAGUAUUCAGUCAUCCAGAUUCAGCGAUAUUUACCUGUAGAGAGACGGAGAUGCCAGCAGUACUCGAUCACCAAGGAGAAGAAAACAAGUUAACAGCAAUUAGCCACCAAGAGAAUAAAGAGGAACCAGCAACAUUCCUUCAAAAAGAGGGGGAAGACUCAACACCAUUACGUUCUCAAGAAGAGGAGGAGCAACCAACAUCUCAUUCUAGCCAUGAAGAACCAGAGGUAUAUUCUGACUUGCUUCACCAUCAAGAGGAAAGAGAAGAGUCACUAAUGUUCAACAAUCAAGACCAGGAGGACAGAGCAAUCCUAAAACAUGGAAAAGGAGCAAUGGAGAAGGCAGUUGCACCCAAGGAUGCAGUGGUAGAUAAUGAUCCUUUUUCAUCUGAAUUAUCCAGUGUGCCCUUUGUCACAGCCCCUCCCUGCAACAUACCAGCAGAUCUCUUUAAGGACAUGACAGAACUGAGCACUUUAUGUUUUGAGUUAGGAAUAUUUGAAAGUAUGAAGAAGGAUAAAUCCACAACAAUGGAAUUGCCCGAAGAUGGCACUGCAACUCAGGCCUGUCUGUAUUUGCGAAAUUAUUUCUUUCUGUUAGACUUGAUGAGAGUGAAGCGCAGCAUCACAGCUCGUAACUGGUCCACUCCUUGGGUGUGGCAGACACUCAUCCUGGGUUUGCAAGAGAGAACACAGUUUCACUCCAUCUCCAAUACCAUUAAGGAUGGAGAUCUGCCAAAAGUGCUGAAGUUUCUCAGUGGUGAGAAGCAGUUACAGAGUCCUUUCCUAUUAGCACAUGCAGCCAGAAUGUAUGAGAAAUUUGGUGAAAUUGCACUGAGGUCCUUUGUCCAGUUCUAUCCUCACAUUCUCCCAUCUGACAUCAAGGAAUUAUGUCAGAUACAACCAGCUCACUUCUUAGCAUAUGUGGAUGACCUGCUUAAAUCCAAGCCGGAGGACCAAAGAUUGCAUCUGUUGGAGACCAUUCUUCAGCCUAAAACAAGGAAAUUAGAUUGGCUGCAACUCGCUGUCUCUCAUGAUGCGCCCCAAAGGAUUGAUACCACUGAUAUAGAUGGAAAUCCCAGGCCUCACUCCCAUCGUUUUACAUGGGGCUAUGCUCAGCUGAUCAGUUACUUCAUUCGGCUUCCAGGAGAUCUUGAGACAAAAAAGAAAAUGUUAGACAUCUGUAAAUCCUAUGGGUUCUGGCCUGCGUAUCUGUCACUUUGUCUGCAGUUAGGCCACAGAGUUGAAGCUUUCACUGUCAUUGUUUACCUGGAUGAUAUCAGUCUACUUGAUGAACAGAAUGGUCUGAUUCCUGAGACUCUGGAAGAGUGGAAAUUCAUUCUGGAGCUGGUUCGGAAUCAUCAACACAUCAAUCUCUGUCCUGCUCUGGAGAAUGGAGACGGUGUCAAUGGUGAUGCUGAUUGGUCAAAUAGUAUCACCCUAGAGAAUGUAGCUGUGCUCCUUGCAAAGGCAAUUGGCCCAGACCGAGCACACUCAGUCUUACAGGACUGUGGCCUGCACAGGAACAUGUCUGAGAGAUUCAGCAGAGUAUGUGACAUCCUAAGAAUUGCAGAGAAAAGGCAGAGGGCUCUUGUCCAGUCCAUGCUGGAGCGAUGUGAUCGUUUCCUGUUGUCUCAACAUGCAUAGAGGAGCCAAAAUAAAUGAUACUGUGGACGCGUUCAGCUACCUUCUUGAGAAAAACUGCCCUUUUUGUACAAACUUUGCUUCCUGCUCAUCUCCAAUGUGCAAUAAUCUACUGAUUCUGGUUUCCCAAUCCCAUUGCUAGUUUGGAAAUGCUAAUUUCCAAGAAAUUUGGCACAAUGGCUGGUUUACUCCUUGAUGCUUGCCUGUUAAAGGGACUUGUAACAAGACUAUUACAGUUUACCUGUGCCUUCUACUUAAUAACUAGCUGAGGACUAGACAAUCUGUUCAUUGGAUUGAACAUCUUGUCCUUGUGUGUCGGGUAUAUUGUAUGUUGGGACACCAGUUGCCGUGAGCGCUGACUAAUUGCAAAUAUCACAAGUAUGCUUUCUUCAUCUGAGGAGAGAAAAGGUGUCAGACUUUUGAAUAAACCUUAUAACCUA